AUGGGUUCCGUCGCAAAGACCGUCGUCGCCACAGGCGUGUCCUCAGGCCUUGGCUUCGAAGCCAUCAAGCAGCUUCUCCUCCAGCAAACCCAGCCCUACAAAGUCAUCCUCGGCGCGCGCAACACCCAGAGCACCAUUGCCGCCUACGACGCCCUGGGCUACGACCGCUCAGGCCACGCCGUGACCGUGCUGCCGCUGGAGCUCUCAGACGUGCGGACCGUCAAGACCUUUUCGCAGCAGGUGCUGGAGAAGAUUGGCGGCGACAAGAUUGACUACCUCUUGUUGAAUGCGGCGAUUUCCAAUGGCGCGGAGAAGCCUGGUCCUCCCGGCUGGCGAUGGUGCGAGGCGCUGGUUGUGAAUCAUUUCUCGCAGCACUAUCUUACGCAUCUGUUGAGGGAGAAGCUCGUUGAAUCAAAGUCUCGCAUCGUCUUUGUUUCUUCCGGCGCGAUUCGUCGAAUCACCGACCCCAGCACCCUGGAAGAUACACUCAAGGGCGCCUCUGGUGCCAAUGGGCAGGACGUCUACUGCGCCUCGAAAUUCGUCCAGCUGCUGAACGCCCACUGGUGGCGCCGUCAGCUGGCCGGCCAAUGCGACGUCGUGGCCGUUUCGCCGGGCUUGAUCCCAGGCACUGGUCUUGGCCGAGGCAAUGGACUCAAGCUGACGAUGGACAUGGCUGACGCGAAGCCCGUCGCUACAGGGGCGCAAAGCAUCCUGGCGGCAUUCACCCGAUCGGAUUUCCCCAGCGAUCCCGACCAGAUCUUCCUGACGAGCUGGGGUGAGUGGUGGGGGAAGGACGUUAUCGAAAAGUCCCUGGACAAGGAGCUGCAGGACAAAUGGAGCUGGAGCAAGGAGGAGAUUGAGAAGGAAGCCGGCAUUGCUGCGUGA